AUGGUUGGCCGAGUGGUUAGCGGUAUCGGCACUGGCCUCAACACUUCCAUUAUUCCAAUAUGGCAAGCUGAAAGCCUUCCUGCUAAGACGCGUGAGCGUUUUGGGUCUUUCCAGUAUCUCCUUGUCUGUUUCGGCGCUAGCGUUUCCUACUGGAUGAACUAUGGCCUUUCUUACGCCGGAGGUGCAUUCGAGUGGAGGUUUGCAGUUGCUGCUCAGAUGAUCUUCGCCAUAAUCCUCCUUGCCAUGGUGCCUUUUAUGCCUGAAUCUCCUCGGUGGCUGAUGGCUCACAACCUCCCAAGCGAGGCGGUCAAUAACCUCCUAAAGAUGCACGGAGUAGCAGACCAGCGAGAUGCGGAGAUUCAGACAGAGAUUCGCUUGAUUAAUCAGGCAAUUGAGCUCGAAACAAUGGCAGAUUCGGUCAGCUGGUUUGAGAUCUUCAAAAACCAUAAAGAAACACAGAGCUUCCGACGUGUGGCGUUGGGAUGGUGGCUGAUGGCCAUGGUCAUGUUGAGCGGUGUUUGCUCUAUUGGCUACUACAUCUCGUAUCUUUUCGAAACAUCUGUCGGCCUGUCACACAAUCUAUCGCUUCUUCUUUCUGGCUUCAACGGCCUUUGGUACAUGGCAUCGGCAGUCAUGCCACCGUUCAUCAUUCACCGCGUAGGUAAGCGUGGAUGUCUGAUGAUUGGAGCCUUUGGCAUGGGAGCAUGCUUCCUCACCAUGUCUCUCGGAAUUCGUUCAGGUUCAUACGGUGCCUCUAUCGUUGUCGUCAUUGCGUUCUUCCUCUACUACACCUUCUUCGCCAUCGGCUGGCUCGCUAUUCCUUGGCUCUACUGCGCCGAAAUCAUGCCGCUACAUCUGCGUAGCAAGGGUAACGCUAUUACCACAUCGUCCAACUGGCUUUGGAACUUUGCGACUGUCAUGAUGACGCCGAGCACUAUGUCAUCUCAAGGUUGGAAAGGAUAUCUCAUAUUUACGAUAUUCAACUUUGCCUUUGUUCCAGCAAUCUGGCUCUUCUACCCAGAAACCACGGGAAGACGACUAGAGCAAAUCGAUGCGAUCUUUUACAAGACCGGGCCCAUAGUGGGAGGAACGCAAUGGGCGAAGAAGGGUCAUUUCGAAUCAGAUGCCCUUGAAAGUGCUCUAGCAGAGCAGACCAAAGUUGCGGCUUACUCAGGUGAGAUUGAACAGGUAGAGUAG